AUGUACUCCACAACAACAACAACAGUUGUUCGUCUGAAACACCGUCGAUUGUGCGACGUUCGUUCACAGCUGCAGCAUCAAUCAUCGAGGACGCUGGCUUCUUGGAACGGCGAUAAUGUCAGAUCUUCUUCCUCAAAGGCAACGAUUGUCACCAAGGAUAAUUCCUUUCGCGAUCGCUUCUUUCAUUCCAACAACAACACUUUGCAGCAAUCCAAAUUUGCGAGAUUCAAGUCUACCUUGAAACCUUCUUCGUUUUCGACAUCGACCAUCGUCGCCAACAAGGACAACAAGGAACAAGACGAUGCAGCCAAUGUCCAAUCACAAGAGUCGUCCUACAUUCUAGACUUUGGUCUUCCCAAGCUCAUUCCCGAAUGGCGCAAAAUGUUUUCCACGGAAACUCUCUUUACUGACAUUUCGGCCGGAUUGACCGUGGGAUGCAUCGCCGUACCUUUGUCGUUGGCGAUUGCCGUGGCCAGUGGGGUCCCUCCAGAGGUGGGAUUGGUCACGGCGGCCGUCUCGGGUGUGGCGGGAGGUCUCAUGGGUGGAACCACAUUGGCGGUCACGGGUCCGGCGGCUGCCAUUUCCUUGCUUGUGGUGGGAGCUGUGGAACAACAUGGAAUGGAAGCCCUGCCGUUCAUCACAUUGGCGUGCGGAGGAAUGCAACUUGCUUCUGGUGUCACAAGACUUGGUGUGGUGGCCAAGCUCGUACCCGUCUCUGUGAUUGCUGGGUUCACAACUGGUGUCGGAACUUUGAUUCUGACGGGACAAAUCCCCAAGGCUCUGGGCAUGGCCACUCCCGCUGGUCUGAAUCCAUUGGAAGUCUUGCAAUUUGUUGGAGAACACGUCUCGACUAUUAACCCAUCGUCCGCGGCUCUUGCCCUUGGUACUUCGGCCGGCAUGUUUCUCCUUCCCAAGAUUCACACAAAGAUUCCUUCCGCUCUGCUCGCAGUCGGAGGAGCCACAUUGGCGACUCAUGGACUGGGACUGGAUGUGGCGCUCAUUGGAGCCAUUCCAAGUGGUCUGGAAGCCUUUCAAUUUGGACUUCCCCUGCUUCCAGCGGUGGAUUCCCUACCAUCUUUGGCGGCUACUACCUUUCUCAUUUACUCCAUGACCAGUGUCGAAUCGUUACUCUCCUGCGCUGCCUUGGAAAAAAUGAAAAAGACUUCCUACAAGUACAGCCCGGAUCAAGAAUUGGUCGGACAAGGAUUGGCCAACAUGGGAUCUGCUCUCUUUAUGGGAAUGCCUGUCACUUCGGUCAUUGCCCGAUCGGGACUGAAUCUUCGAUUGAAUGCGGCCACCCGUCUUCCCGCUCUGGUACAAGCUGGAUUUGUCUUUGGAAGUGUGGUCUUCUUCAGUGACAACAUUGCAAUGAUCCCCAUGCCAGCGCUUUCUGGUAUGCUCAUCACAACGGGAAUGAGCAUGCUCAAUCCUGCCGAAUUCAAGCACUGUUACGCGGUCCAAAAGAUGGAUGCCCUUCCAUUUGCGACCACCGUUGCUGGUAUGGUUUCCAUGGGCUUGGCCGAAGGUAUUGGAAUCGGAUGUGCCACUGCCAUGGCACUCAGCUAUCAACAAGCUAGUAUGGCUCCAGGAUCCACCACCAUGCUUCCACCUCUUUCGAGCACCAUGAUGAAUGUCACGCCGGUUCCGUCGGUACACCAUGCACUUUUGCCAGAGUCAGCACUCACCAAUGAAGCAACACACGUCACCUCCUUUACCGAUGCCAAUGGCGAAAAAUUCUUGUUGGAUGCCGACAAGAGUUCGGUAUUGCAACUCGAUGGUCCCAUCAACUUUGUCUCCAUGUUUGCCAUUGAUAAUAUGGUGCGAGACUUGCAUGCACAAAUGUCCUCGGCUACUGCUGAGGCUGAGGCUCCUGCCAAUGACGAACGAUUCGUCGUGGUGGAUAUGGAAAAGGUCACCAACUUGGAAUUCACGGGAAUGGAAGAAUUGGCCACCCGCUUGAUCGAAGUGGCCGAUGCCAAUGAGGGUGUUACCAUUCAAAUGGUCAAUUGCAAUGAUGCGGUCAACAACGCAAUGGACCAAUGUGAUCCCAAACAAGAAAUUCAACGCUUUGCUACCUUGACUGCUGCUGCUACUGCUACUACUACUACUGUAUAA